AUGUCUUCAGUAACAACCCCACAAAAAACAAAUCUCGCACCGUAUCUCACAAAACUCAUUGUGCAUCCGCCCCAGCUUACCCCAGCUGACCUAGCCACAGUGCUUGGCCAUAUUCUCUCCAACUCCGUCUCUACAACUCAAGUUGCUGCUUUUCUUGCACUUCUCCGCGGUUCCGGCCUUGACCAUUCACCAGACUUCAUUGCUGCUGCUGUGGCCCGCAUGAUGCAGGCCGCGCGCAAGCUGGACACCCUCGAGCAAGACCUCAAGGACCACGGGUUUGUUGACAUUGUGGGUACCGGUGGUGAUGGCCAGAACACAUUUAACGUAUCUACUACGGCUUCUAUUGUUGCAGCGGGUGCCGGUCUGCGUGUGUGCAAGCAUGGCGGCAAGGCUUCGACCUCUGCAUCUGGGGCCGGCGAUCUAUUGGCUUCUCUCGGGAUUAACUUGGCCAAUGUCACGAACGAAACUGCGCCAGGGAUCCUUGCCCAAAGUCAGUACUGUUUUCUGUUUGCGCCCGUGUUCCACCCAGCUAUGGCCACCAUUGCACCUGUGCGUAAAGAGCUAGGUGUUCCGUCCAUUUUUAACAUUCUGGGACCACUCAUUAACCCUGCCCCGCUGUGUGCACGUAUUGUAGGUGUUUACGCAGAGUCUCUUGGUGAAGUUUUUGCGCGCGCCAUUCGUGCCACAAACCAGCAGGCUGGGCGCCCUGAAUCGCGGGCCAUGGUGGUUUGGGGAACCGAGGGACUCGAUGAGAUUUCGCCUGCGGGAACAACCAAAGUUUGGACCGUCAACUCGGACCCCACUGUGUCGGAGGAGGAUGCCAUUGUGACCAGCUACCUGCACCCCAACGAUUUUGGGCUGCCGGUGCACACUCUUGAUACCGUACGCUCGGGGACUCCACAGGAAAAUGCGGCAGUUGUUGAUCUGCUUGUGGACAACAAGCUCGAGGAAAACCACCCCGUGCUUGAUUACGUUUUGAUGAAUGUAGCUGCACUUGCCUAUGUGGAAGGUACUGCUCAGGAUCUUAAGCAUGGCGUGGAGCUUGCUCGAGAGAGCAUCAAGUCUGGGCGAGCUCGGGAGGCUCUUGACAAAUUUGCUUCUCUUUCUCAGGGUUUGUAA